AUGGUUCUCAAUUUGUUCUCCGGUGCGGCGCUCAACGGGCACGGCAGCACGCACCGUCGCGGGCGAGCGUCUUCCUCGCUCAACAGCACGGACACGGGGCGCCGGCCUCAGCAGCAGCGUCGUCAGGCAAGUCGCAGCACGACAUACGGUGCAUCCAUGCAGACGGAUGGUGCCGAGCAGUCCGGAUCUGGGCUCCGUGCUGAAGCUGCCGAGGAUCGCGUGCUCUUCAACAACUGCGUGGCGCAGGUGCAGCGCCACCUCAAGACGCACGCGGAUUCACCCAGCACGCUCCACACGCUCGCCUCUUACUACACCAAAACAGAGCCGUUCAUCGAGGGCCGCCCCUUUUGCGUGACCCUGAGCUACGCCACCUUUCUGUUUCACAUGCAAAUGGCCCGCAUCAGCGUCACGGAUGUGGAGCUGUACGUGCAGCUUCUCACCAGCAUCUUGUCGCAGAUCACCGAGGAUGAUCAGCUCCACCACCCGUUUGUACAGCAGGUGCUUCGCGAUCAUGUGUUCGGUCUGCCGUCGCCGACCUGCCGCGGCGCGGCCCACAGCGUGGUGCUCUUGUCACCGCAGCAGUACCGUGCCUUUGCGACGAUGACCACUGCGCUCAUUUCCCUCGCCGUGGUGCCGCUCAGCAUUGUGUACCAGUUCCACGACCGGCUUGAGACAUACUGCGAGUGCGCCUCACCGCUUGUAGCCAACCGCGCCUUGGCGCUGCUCGUGCAGACAGUGGGCGAGGUGCGCAUGGAUGAGCAGGUCACUGCACUUCAGUACGUCCUGAAGACGAAGCCGGUGAAGAUGAAUGUGGACUUCCUCCUCGCUUGCUACGAGCGUCUGAAACGCGCAGUGAUGGAUCCGGCGCACGGACCGUCGUUCGGCCGCGCCCUCUCCAUCCACUGUAGUGAACUCUUCCUGCGCUUCCGGUCCCCGGUGCGGCGCGACUACGUGGAACGUUUCCUAUACCCGAGUCUGUGCCACAGCGACAUGGCCAGCUUCCUGGAGAUACCUGCAACUCGCAAGCACCUGUUGCGCGAGCUGCUGUCGCAGUGCACGCCGGGCAUGGGAACCAUGAAUCCGUUCUACAUGUGCCUCUGCGCCGUCCUGCAAAGUUGCUUCGACAACGAGACGGACGGCGCGCUCGAGACGGUGGCCCUCAUCAACUGCCAUAUGCCACACGCCGCUUAUUUCAUGUCUACCCUGGCUGUUGACUCGCACAUGUCUGUGCCGAUGUUUGCCAAAGUGAUGAUAUCGCUCGCUCGCGGCGCCGGGAUGGCUAUGACGGGUCGCGACACGCCUGACGAGGUGGCCGCCUCGAUCAACGAGAACCGCACGAGCGUGUAUAAUGUGCUCUUCCUGCUCCGCGAGGUAGUUCGCAGCUGCUCCACCACCGCCUCUCGCCGCGCCACCGAUAUGCUUAAGGCGCUGCGGGUCGCUGUGGCUCCAAAGACGAUUGAGGCGCUCGGAAAGCUGUCCAGCGAGGCCUUCGAGGCCGUCAGCGACAUCACACUCGAUCCGCAGCUGCUGUGCGCAGAGCUGGCGAUGGUGCUGCAUCAGGACCAUAUCGCAGAGGCCAUGGACUCGGCAGUAGAGUACUUUCGCGACGUCAGGUCGAAGUGCCCGUACUGCGCGGCGGCGCGCAGCUCUUCGCUGCUGUGCCCCGUCAACGGCACGGUGCACGUCGCCGGCCAGUCGUCGGUGAGCCGCGUGCUGUCGACGCUAUCGGAGUGCGCUGGCGCGAAGGCGGUGGAGGAGAAGCUGAUCAGCUAUCUGCGCGAUCCCGCCUUGCAGAUGGAAAGCGCCGUGCACUACCUCAUCUACCACAUCGUCGCGAAUGGCGGGCAGCACCGUAAUACGCUCUUUGUGGCUGUGGAGCCGUACGUGCGGAGCACAUUACUGGCUUUGGUGAGCGCAGACCGCAGCGGGGUUCGCGGGCUCGUGGACAGCACGCUGAAGGCAAACGUGCUCAUGCUGCACGUGAAGCUUGUCACCCUCCUCGCCUCCUCCAUCGACCCGUCGUACCUGGAGAGCAUCUUGAAAGUCUUCUCGGAGCUGAGGCUGCGCAACAACCACGACGCGCUCGCGCUGUGGUACAUGGGCAAUGUUCUGCUGCGCAGCUGCCGCGGCAACUUAGAGCUGCUACCCACCGACCCCCAGGAGAACAACUACUGCGUUGCCUUCCCUGGCUGCGCGCCGGCAAGCGCGACGACCGCCGACAACGCGCAGCUCGUGCUGAAGCUGCUGCACCGCGCGCACAGCUUCAGCCCUGAGAUGCACAAAUUGGUUGGCUGUUGCGUGUGCAAGCUCAUCCAGGACUUCAACAUGCAGGCUCCAAACAUUUGCAGCACCUUGCUGUCGCCUUUCGGCUUCUUCCCAGUCGGACUCGAGUCACUGAACGCCUUCGCCCUUCCGGCAGGCGCCGGCAGCACCUUCUGGAGCUUCUUUUUGCAGCAGAUGCGCAGCUCUGCGCCGGCGCGGACGGCGUUCAUGGCGACACUGGCCAAAAGUCUAUCGCGGCGCUUCCGCAUUGCAUCGCCAAUGGACGCGCUCGCCCCGUACGGGGUGGAGCCGACAGGGCACUUGUUCGUCAUCAUGGUCUACGAGGCGAUGAAGCGCAACCCACCACUGGCGCGCGUGCUGCUCUACAUGGUGUCGCACUGGAUGAAGCAGGCAGGCCACCCGCCCGGCAAGCUCGCGUGCCUCGUGUACGUGUGCGUGCAGCUCAUCACAGUCGUGGUCGACCGUGCAGAGGGCCCGGCUGCGGCAGAGGUGGAGGCGGAGACGCCGCAGGAUCGGCAGCAGUUUGACGACGCCGUGAAGAAGGCGGCACGGGUACUGAAGAGUCAGCAGGCGCGCCUUGAUAGACUGGCCCCGACGGCGCGGCGCGAGAACGUAGAAUUCUUCCACCUGCUGCGCCGUUUGCAGCGUCGCGUGCGCCGGACUGUGGCCACCGCCUCAGGUGAGAUUGUUGUUGGCGACGAAGCCGCGGAGGAGUACGACGACCACGAUGACGCCGUUGACGACAGUUCGGCUGGCGGGCAUGUGCGGCAGGAUUCCAUCACAGACGCAGUUUGUGCCAUGCAGGAGCUGCAGAAUGCCGCUGACAACAGUGUGUUUGACGACUACGCCGAUGAUGUCGACCAAGAGGACGACGGCGCUUACGGGAACGAUGAGGGUGCCUGCGACGCUGCUUCUCCAGGGCUUAGGCGUUCCGCGCAGACGGAGGGCAGCGGCCACAGGGCCGAGGGCCCGCCUGCCCCAAUGCAGAUUCGCCACUUGCCGCAAGGCAUAACCAGCAUCCUGCGCUCGCCCGCGCAGAGAAGCCCCAACAAGAGCGACAGGGGUGCCGCCGGUGUGGAGAAGGGCUCGACGACCUCUGUGAACAUGUAUCGUGAAGCGAACCGGCGAACCGAUGUCGAGGGCGUCCCGCAUGGCGCGGAUGGCGAUGAUGCAGAGAUGCGCAGUCGCGAUGGCGAAGCAGCCCACAGCUGUGCGCUGGGAGUUGAGCCUCGUACCCGGUCGACGUCUCGCGGCGUGCAGACGGACGUGCCUCUGGCGAGCCCCGCGCUGCCCGGGAACGCGCCGCAGCGGAGCGUGGGGACGUCACCGAUACAGCCGGCAGGCACCUCGUCGCAGAUCUCGGUCACGCGACGCGACGGCACGCAGCUGCCCUGUCGCACACCUGCCGACGUCGGCUCUGCGCACACUCCCUCCUCCUCCCUCUAUCAGCCACAGCGCUCCCACACACGGCCGCCAGAGGCCGAUGGCAUGCUCAGCGAGGGUACUCGGACUCCAGCGCAGCGAGGAUCGACGUGGCGUGAGCCGGACCUGGCCGACUACGUGGACGGUGACACCACCCCGAUCGACGACUUCACCGGCGUGCCGCGGCUGCAGGCGACCACCACGAGUGACGGUAUUGUGCUGCCCUCUGGUAUGGUGCUCGAGUACCUGCGCACGCACCAAGGGAUGGACUCGUUGCAGCACGAGCUGAAACAGUUUGACCAGCAGUGGAUGGUGCAGCAGGUUGCUGAGUACGUGUCGCAGAACGGCGGCAUGGUCGGCGCUGCUGGUCCGUCGUCGACUAUUAGGGGCGGUGUGUCGUCUGUGCAGUCCGUUACGGUGGAAGGCCGCGCCAACAACUACAGCCGCCCGCACGCCGAUCCAACUGAGCUUGCGCCGACCCGCACGGUGUGCACAGAGGUGCACAUGAUAGGGCCAGCCACGUCCUACUCGCGGCCACCUAGACAGGAGGAGCACGGGCGUGUCGUGGCAGCCGCGCCGGGCCUGCCUGAAGAGGAGGAAGUGAACGUCGUAGAUGGCGAACACCCUAUUCGCGCCGUCAGCGGCCCCCCAGACGACAGCGACCUUGCUGGACGCGCAGGUGACGACGAAGCGACUAAGCGCCGACGUGUGGAGGCCACCGGAGGCAACGCGACAACUCCGCUGCCACCACCAGUCUCCCCCGUAAGCGCUUUCCGCGGCCGCAACUUCUUCUUGAACCAGCAUACACAGCAGGAGGUGGGCUCGACGCUCCAGGACAUUCACUACCUGCAGAGAAGGCAGCAGGCGAACAUGUCGGCGCUGGCCAAGGCGCAAAGCGCGGCUGAGACGGCGGAGUCAGCAGGUGACGACGAGGCACCGCGCAAGACACCACACCAGGGUCAGUCCUCUACGGGCGUGGCGGGUGAGGGUGUGCCGCCGACAACGCCUUACGGACAGGUUAUUCUUCCAACUUGGAUCGUGGAGCAGCGCAACGACACGGCUAUCCGUGAGUUGCGACAGGUGAUGGGGGCUCACAACCCGAAUGACAGUCGACUAUCGACGAGUGCGGGCAAGCGCAGCCGCAUUCGCGGCAGUGGGACAGGCGACGGCAGCGGCAACAGCGCUGCGUGGUGGGCUGAGAUGAGCUCGGCGCCGAUGCCCAACUACGCUGCGGACCCUCAGUACUCCAUGGAGCUCUUUUAG